AGGUGUUUCUGGAGGGGCAGAGAGUGUGGAAAAGCCCGGGGCUGUCCUGGAAACAUUAGGGGAUAUGAAUGUCUGCACAGGAGAAGCGAUGGUUGGAGGCGAAGACUUUGUAAAGCCAAGUGAGUUUUCCCAGCUGGAAGCAUCAGGGGAAGAGCAGAUGGAGGUGGGGGGAGCUGCCACAGGAGCAGCAGCCUCUGAGACCAGCCAGGCAUCAGGGGCAGGAGGAGACUCUCUCCUGGGAGCAGAGGAUGCAGUGCAGGAGUCUGUGGAGCCUGGGGGGGGUCCCAUGUUGGAAGUAGCACCUGGAUUAGAGGCACCGGUGGAUGUUGAAGGGGAUCCCAUAAGUGAAGGGUCAUCUCAGUUGGAGGAGACCACAGCAGCAGAGGAGGAGGGCUCAGCAGGAGCACUUUCGAGUGGAACCCCAUCUCCGGGCAGCAGAGCAGAGACAGAGGGUGCAAUGGAAGGAAAACCCGAGGUGGGGGCACUGGGAGAGUCUGCAGGGACAGGCAGAGCAGAGCCAGGAGGUGGAGGGGAGGGCCCAAGGGAGGUGACAGCUGGGAUGGAGGGAUGGCUGGAGUGUGCUGGAGAGAGAGGGAAGGAAAGGGCUCCCGGUGAGGCCCUGGAUGCAGCAGUGCCAGCCCCAGUGCUGUGUGUGGGCCGGGGGGGGGAGGCCGGGCUGGUGGCCAUUGCGGUGGUGGGCGGCCAGGCAGGGCCAGGGGCUCAGGCUGAGGGAGAGGCAGGGGAGCCAGCGGUGGCUGGGGUGUCCCCCAGGCACAGAGACCUGUGUGGAGAGGUGUCCCUCGGGGAGAAGCCGGAGUCAGAACUCCCCCACACCCCCCCCAUAGAGGGGUACGCAGCAGCGGAGCCGAGGGGCAAAGGGUCUGCAGGAUGCCAGGGGUCAUGCCAGGGCAACCAGCCGCAGCCGAUGGCUCCCGGGACAGGCACAGCAGGGGACAAGGAUGGGCCACAGGAGGGGACAGAGCAGGCGGGAGUGAGAGCCGAGGGGGGACAGCCAGGGCCCUGCGGAAACACCGGGGAGAGAGAGGAGGGGGGUGUCUGGGGGGGCUCACAGGGAGCCCCAGGGGUCGCGGAGCAGAGGGAGGACAGUCCCACCGGAGGGAGCACAGCUGCCCCCAGAGCUGCCAGCGUGGGCCAGAGGAGCCGUGAUCCCCAUGGGGACGUUGUAAACCCAGACACAGUUGUUGUGCCUUUGGUGCAGCCCCAGGAUGGGGAAGAACCUCUCCUCUAAGCCUUUCCUGCGGCUCCUUCCGUGCUGGUCCAGCAACAUUUCCACAAGUGGCUGUCGAUUUGUGCCGGUUGGGACUGUCACUCCUCCUCUGAUUUACUGCACGGGUACCACAACCAUCUGUCAUGUUUCACUGCAGCAGCUUCUCGGUGUGCAGCAGACAACCGAAAUAAACCUGUGUGUGCCAGCCCGGGGAGCAGCUCCUCCAUGACUGUGAAGACAGUAAUCACCAGGAUUGUUCCGCUGCUGUCGGGCUUGUUUUUCCCAAAACACGGAAAAGUGUUGGACUGGGUGAACCUCCCCUCAGCACCGUGUGCUUCUCUGGGGGAGGGAGGGGUGGAGGGUGGAUGUGCCUGUUUCUGAGGACAAGGAGUGUGUCUGCACGGGGUGCCCCUGUGGGCGCCUGUCUGUGUCCAUGUCCCCACUGCAUUUUCGGGCGGGUGGUUGUCCCUUGGCAGCAGCCAUGGCUGUGUCUGCACGGGGCUCUGGGCACAUUGAGCCUUUGGUUCUGAUGGGAGCACCUGGGGGGCUCAGCAGUGGGUCUCGAGGGGCAGGGUGGCCUCGCAGAGGGGUUUUGGCAGGGGGCCACCUCCCCCCGUUACAGGCAGGAGACACCACCCCACCCCCCAACUGGCUGCAGGAGCUCAGGGAGGGGGCUUCUCCUCAGGGAGCCAGAAUGGUCACUGGCCACACCUCAGGGCGUUUGUGGGACUCUGGAAUGUUGUUGAAAGUCACUAAAUCAGAACAAUUCUAACGUGUAGUUGUAAAUGAACAAAUCCUGGCCUUUUGCUGGCAUCAGUCCUGGCUGCAGGAGGGGUGGGCCCCUCCCAGCCUGGUGCUGGCUGUGGGUCACCCUGACGGAGUGUCCCCUCGCAGCUUGGUGUCACCUCUGUGGGUCACCCUGAUGGAGUGUCCCCUCACAGCUCGGGGGCACCUCCGUGGGACCCCCAUGGGCUCCCGAGACCCUGCCAGGCCAGGGCUGGUCAGGCAGCAUCACUGGGUGGGAUGCAGGUGCUCUGCCCCGGCACCAGUCUGUGACUGCUGCUGGAGCUGGGAAUGGAACUGGAACCAGCAGGAGUUCGACUGGAUCGUCACUGCAAGGCACUUGGGAAGAUGGAGGAGACAGAGGUAAAGGUACUUGUGCUCAAGUAAUUCCUGUUUGUUCCCUGCUCUACUAAAGGCCGUUGCAGACAUAUUUCCAGUCUGGACACGGGGAAGUGCUUUGAAAGAGAGUGGUCGACAAACCCCCCCAGUAAUAGCUUUACAGGCCUCAGUGGUUUAAAUGAAAGUGUUGCAUCAACUGGUCCUGAGUGGUGUGGUGGAAAUGUUUAUUCUGUGCAAGAUAUGCAAUGUUUGCUAAAAAGCACACGUUUGACUUUUGACCACUCGGCGAUGGUCUUUUCACUUUAACCAGGGAAUGUCCAUAACAUCAGCAGUGGCUUACUCUUUGGGCCAAGGCGUUUUCAGUGUUGUUCAAUAUAAAGAAAGUGCAGUAAAUAGAUAAUCAGUGUUUUCAUGCUCUACAGCUGAAUACACCGGGGUGUGAAGUGUACAGAAUUUAAAUUCAAUGCUAAGGACCUUCUCUGGAGGUUUGGUUUUUGUGUGUAGGUGCACACCCACACAGUUACAGGGUCUAUAAAACCCUGUCCUGCUCUGUGUGGCUCCUUACAUCUUUGCAAAUGAUGUCAUUGUGAGAAUUACACUUGCCAA